UAAGUCACUAUAAUCACUUGAGUUUUUUUACACUAUAAAAAUAAAUAAAUAAGCUGACUUGCAUACAAAGUGCACAAUAUUAUGUUAUAAUACCUAUUAAAGUAGUAGUAUUGGCUAUAAUGAAGCCUCGAAUUAAUCACUUCAAAGUUAGUAGUCGGUACUGAGUACACCUCACACAGGGACUCGGCUCGACUAGUCGCUUGUAUUAGUAAUUCAAUUUUUAUCAUAAAAAAAAAAUUCACAAUUUACCAGGUUGUUAAAUCAUGACUGGAAAGAUGUCUUUCAUCAUUUUGAAAGCUCAAAACGAAGAGAACGAAUCGACAGAUCCGUAUAUUGAGGUUUUACACGAGAAAGGAUACGACGCUCAUUUUGUUCCUACGCUGCAAUUUGAGUAUUAUAAUUUAGAUGAGUUAAGAAAAAAAUUACAAAAUCCACAAGACUACUCGGGUUUGGUGUUAACUAGUCCAAGAUGUGUCCGAGGUGUAUUAAAAUGUUUAGACAAUAGUAAAUUAAAUAAUAAUUGGCAUAAUAAGCCAAUUUUUGUUGUUGGAGAAGCAACAGCCAGAUUAGUAACUAAAGAAUUGAAUCAGAAACCCAUUGGAGCAAACACUGGAAAUGCCACGGCACUGGUGCCAAUUAUUUUAAAAUAUGAAUUAUCCAAACCUUUGUUAGCCCCGUGUGGAAAUUUAAACCUCAACAUAUUGGCUGAUAAUUUAAACACAGUUAAAUUAGAAAAUGUCGAAAUAUACAGAACAGUACCACAUAGUGAUCUGGAAAAAAACUUAAAAUUGGCUUUUGAUACCAUAAAAUAUCGGAUAGGAUUAGUUUUUUUCAGUCCGUCAGGUUUUCAAGCUUGCAUUAAACUGAUCCCAAAAGAAUUUGUAAACAAAUUACACAUAUUUUCUAUUGGCCCAACUACAGCAUCUGCUAUUGAAGAAGCCGGAUAUGCUUUGACUGGAAUAUGUGACAAACCAAAACCAGAGUCGAUGAUGGACAUAAUAGAUAAAUUUAUUGAAUGAAGUAUUUUAAUUUCAAAUUUGUUAUAAUAGAAAAUAGACGAACUACGAAUCUGCUAUCGGUUGA